AUGAGGGAGAGAUCCACGGCAUCAUCCAAGCCACACGAUGAGCAGCACUCGCUGCUGCAGCACGACGGGGAGUCGGCGGUGUCCAAGCUGCUGAGCCCGGACGCGGAGUGGGAUAGGGCUCCGUCUGGCUGCUCGUGUAAGUGUUAUCUCUCGAGUGGCAAUUCACCUCUCUUCCUGCUCGCUCGCAUUGCAAGGUUCAUGCUUGUGUCCACGCUGCUCGUCUACACGUACUACGCCUUCUUGCUCAAGGUGGACCAGGACGAGUUUGGGGGCCACGGCGCUCUCCUCCAGGAGGGCAUGUUUGCAUCGGUCACGCUCUUCCUGGUAGGUCAACUUACAAGGAGCUAA